ACAGACACACAGACAGACAGUCAGACAGACAUUCAUAUUGAUCGCUCACUGCCAGCAAUGGAAAGAAUUUCAAUCCUGCUUCUGUGCAUUUUUGCAGCAUGUACAGUCAGGGCUGUCCACGGGAGAAACAUAGAGGUCAGCAUCAGUGAUGUGGAGGAGAUGGAGAUGGAGAUGGACACGGACGUCACCGUGGACGCACGCAAGCUUCCAGGGAUUUGCUGGGCAUGCAAGUGGGCCUUAAAGAAAGUGAAGAAGGUCAUAGGGCCAAACGCCACUGCAAAGAGCCUGACAACAAAACUGAGUGCUGUCUGCAAUGAUAUUGGACUGCUUAAAUCUCUGUGCCGCAAGUUUAUCAAGGAGCACAUUGGAGAGCUGAUCGAAGAACUCACAACCACUGAUGAUGUGAGGACGAUCUGCGUCAACACAAAAGCCUGCAAGCCGAAGGAGUUGCUGGACCUGGUCUUUGAUGCAGAUGAUGAAGUCGUUCCAGUCAUCAAAGUGAAUGGACUUCCUGUACAUCCUAUGCAUGGAUGAAAAUCUAACUGCAUUUUAUUUGCCAGGAAAACAAGUCAUUGAAGAUGCAUGUUUUGUAAAGUGGCUUAUAGCUGAGAGCGGUCAUUUUUUAAUUAUUUUUUCACUGCCACAAGUUGAUUAUUUUAUUAAUUUGAGAUAUCCGGAGAUAACACAACUGACCUCUUGUUUUUUUUUUCGUGACAACUGAUCCUAAUAAUGACGAAAAAUUUGAAAAUGAGUGUCUGGUUCAUUUGGUCACACGUCGUGACUGUCAGCAGUUACAGCAGCAUCACAGACGUACCUGUAAACUUUCAGCUUGUCUUCUCCUUAAAUGACAAGGACUGAUCUGAAUGUUGCCACCAUGCAAAGUCUGAGUUAGACCUUGACAAAAGAUUCAACACCCAUUCGUUUGUGGUUCAAAACUAAAUAAUUAACGUGUAAUGACAGAAGUAUGUCUGGAGAUAAAAAGAUAAGUGAACCUGUCGUCAUGAGAAAACCAUGCUAACACAUAAAGCUGAGCCUUUGCUGCAUGCCAUCCCUCUACUGCCUCCCCACAGCUGUCCCUGCGAUAAAGGCAAACAAUAUAUGAUCGAGGAUUUGCCACUUCAUUUACUUUCUGUUACCUUUACCUAAUUUGCCAUGCUUGUAAUGAUACAUUUCAUUUUUGUAUCUGUGCCCAACUGACAUCAAUAAACAGCUGAAGCAUUA